AUGGAGGCUGCACAGAAGCAAAAGAGAAGAGGAAACCGCUACUGCGGAGUGGUUACACUGGACGUAAAAAAUGCCUUCAACAGUGCUAGCUGGGCUGCAAUCGGCGAUUCGCUGCACAGACUGAAAGUUCUUGAGUACCUCUGUAGGAUCCUGAGGAGCUACUUCCAGAAUCGGCAACUGAUCUACGAAACUGACGCCGCAAAAAGAAGUUGUACAACGGUCAGAGAUUGUAUCAUCGACUCAAAGCGGGAAGCUAAACAACUGGGAGUGAUGAUAGACGACCGGCUAAGCUUUAAUAGCCACAUCGACCAUGCAUGCGGGAAGACCGUAAAAGUGAUUUCGGCACUAUCUCGGAUCAUACCCAACAAUUCGGCGAUCAGCAGCAAUAAAAAGCGACUACUGGCGAGUGUUUCCACAUCGGUGCUCAGACAUGCAGGGCCUGCUCGGGUGACGGCACUGCAGACGAAGAGGAACACAUCUUGGCUGAACAGCACGUUUAGGCUGAUGGUCAUGCGGGUGUCUAGCGCGUAUAGAACUAUCUCGUCAGAGGCAGUCUACGUGAUAGGUGGAACGAUUCCCAUAAACCUCCUACUCGAAGAAGAUAGCGAGUGUUAUAGGGAUCGAGGCACGAGAGGAGUCCGUAAACGAGUCCGAGCUGACACCUUAAUCAAGUGGUAG